UUUUUUUAAGGAAUUUUAUUUAUUUUUAUUUUUGCUACAACUUUAAUUGCUUUUUGAAUUUAAUUGGAAAGGAAAAAUGGACAAAAAAUUUGAAGAAGAAAAAUUUAAAUGGCCCCGUUUGUGGUCUCCAUCAAAAUUUUCUCCAUCUCCAGCGCCUCAAUUACCCGAACAUAAAUAUAAAAUUCCAGACACUGCUCCAAAAGGAAUCUUUCAAAUUUUUGCCGAAGAGAAUCCGUACAUGGCGACGGGAAUUGUUUUGGGAACGCUUGGAUUGAUAAUUCAAUAUUGUAGAAAAUAUUAG